UUAAACUUUAAAUUAUUAAAAUGCGACCUAUUGUUUCUAACACAGAACUUGCUUUCAUUAAACCAACUAAUAUUGAAAAAAAAGUUUCCUUAAGUAUCAUUCUUAAUUUUUAAUUUAGAACGUAAAAUGAAAACUAGUGAUGAAUGUGUUAAAAAUGCACGUUCUAGAUAUUAAGAGCUUUUUUAUCAGUAGGAAGCAAAUUUAGAAUAUUUGUAUGAUCAACUUUCAGAAAGAAUUGAAAAAUAUACUCUUCAAAAAUAAAAACAAUUAGCAAACAAAGCAAAAUAUGCUUGUGAUUAUAAUUUUAGAUGGAAAUAAAGACUUUAGGAAUAAAAAUGGUUAGAUAUUUAAAUGAGUAGGUUUGUCAGCUGAAAGAGAAUUUUACUUUCAAGAAUUGCAUUUUUAAGAGUUUAAAAAAAGACAUUCUAGAAGCAAAAGCUUAGCUUUACCAAAAAUUGAAAUUAAAAAAAAAACAGAGCCUUGUCCUAUUACAAAGAAAAAAGAAGAUUAUAAUUUUGAUAAACAAAGGAAAGUUAUUUAUUGCUCCUAUUAAAGAGAUUUAAAACAAGUAUUCUUCUUAUAUAUACUCAGAUGAAACGAUCAUUUGAAAUUGCUUCUAAACUAGAUUAAGAUGAUCAAAGGAUUAUGAAAUAGAAAACAUUAGAUAUUAAACCAAAACCAAAAUUACAAUAUAAACAAGAUGAUAAUACAUUUCUAACAUACAUUUGA